AUGGAUCCUGUACCGAAAGCCAUUGAGAAAGUUCAGGCAUCACUCCAGCCGUACAUCAAGCCGAGAGAACAGGUCGCUUACAUUCGACGCGCCUUGGCUCUUCAUCUUCAAGCAUGUGGUCAACCAGGACCCAUCCAGAGCCCGCUGUCUCUCAUUGAUGCGUCAUGCACCAUUACUCCGACAAAAGAAGCUAGAGGUCUUCAAAGAGAGUAUCUCAGGGCUCUGGACGCAAAUAUCAAAGCUCGCAACGACUAUGAGAACACACGGAAUGAUACCGCAACGCCACCUCCAUCACGGUCCAAGAUCGUAGAUCCCAGAGAUCAGCUGGAGGAUCACAUAGCUCUAGUAAAGUUACGACAGAAACAGCAACGACUUCAGACGGUUCAGAAGUAUUUGGACCUCUUGGUGCGCCAGCCGGCAGCCUCUCCGGACUUUCUUGACCUGGAAGUUGUAUUCAGAGACUCACCGCCUCUUCCCGAUGUGCCAACCGCAGUUGUCAACAGCUUCACAGUCACGAAUUCGUCAGCAACGACGGAUCUGAGUGGGCUGGCGGGGCAGCUGGAAAAGGUCGUCCUCCGAGCCAAGCUACUUUUGCAACGGGAAGAACAGCUGUUGCAGGACGUACGGCAAAGAACUGGCGAAUUGGCGGGGCAAGUCAGCGACGAAGCCAAGGCGCAUGCCCUGGACACCACGCGUGCCGAACUCAUCAACUGGAUCGAGACUGAGCUCAGCAAAGCCUCAGGAGAAGGUGAAGAUGACUCGUACUCGCAGCGCAACGGGCAGCCAGCGGACAAGACCAACAUUGACGAAAAACUGGUGGAAAUCAGGGACAAGUACACGAGAUACACAGCCGCGCGCAAGUCGCUGCUUCACAUGGUCUCUGAUGAGACCCAGCCGAUCUUAAGACCCGGAGGCGAAGCCGCGGGAGCUUCGCAGAGCGAGGAGAUCCCGCCGGCGCCAACCACGCACCUUCUCAUCCCGUACCUCGAAAAGCUACUGGCGCUAUCCCGAGAGCAAAAGGGCAUGAUCGCGCACAAGUCACACGUCAACAAUGUGCUGUCGAAGCAGGCGAAAGAAACACAGCAAGCGCUAGACCAUCUCGCAGAAGAAAGUCAGCUUCUUCCCGAGCAUCCCAUGCCUAAACCCAGGCCAAGGUCGGGCUUCGCCGACGACUUCGCUUCUGCGGUAUCCGAAAAGCAGGCAAUGUCCGAGAGAGUCAAGCCUUGGGUAUUUGCGGCUGAUUCGGCAAAGAUCGCAACCCUUGAGGCGGUAGCCGAGAAAAUUGAGGAGGGCCAGGUCGCGCUUGAAGGGUCCAUGAGUGCCCUUCAGGAAGUCGACCGGCUUCUAGGACAAAAUCAGUCCGAAAAAGACGCCGUCGGCGAUACUACGGAGGAAGACAUCUGGCUUACACAGGGGUCGGCGAGCCAGACCGGAGCAAGGAGGCAUGGUGCACAUCAGAGGAAGGAGUCAGCGGUCAAGUCUGGGGACAUUUGGUCUGCCAUUCACGGGGAUCUUGGUCUCAUCGGUCAUGAAGAUCAUAUUUGA